UAGCUGAGAGGAUAAGACACAUAUGAGACUUGACAUGACUAGAUCAGCGGUUCUUAACCUGUGAUCCACAGUUCCUGGGGAACACAAAAUCUUUGUGUGCAAGUUAUUAUUAUAUUAUUCGAAUAAAAAUCAUUUAGUUAAUUCAUAAUGAAUCUCUUCUCUCCGAGAAGGUUGUUGAACAGUUAAUGUGUUUUAAUUAUAUAUAUUUGGCACAUUAUUUAUUUAAAUCUUGAGUUAAGUAUUGAGGAUUCGCGACAAUAAAAAAUUAUUUAAAAGAGGUCUGUGAUAAAUAAAAGAUUAAGAACCGCUGGACUAACUGGCAGAAAUAAAAGCUAUCUCGAGUUAAGGGAAAAGAGACAAUGGAAUAAGACUAAAAUACAUAUAAGAUGGGCCAUGUCCAUAAGUCAACUUCCCAUUUAAAAGUUGCAUAACCUUUUCUUAUUGUAUAUUUUUAAAUUUUUGUUCCAGAUUUUUACAUUUUCUUUUUUGGGAAUUUAAAUUUUUUUUUUUUUUGGAUUUAAAUAGAAAUUUAUUUGCCUUUAUUUAUCUGCUUUGGAUAUCUUGUAUAUAUUUAUGUAUUAUAUUCGUUCUAUAGAUGUUUGCACCUUUAUAUUUCCUAAAAAUGGAUAGAUAUCCGUUUAUUACUUAGUCUAUCAAUUAUAUUCUCAAAAAUAUGAAUUUGCGUAAAAAUCCCCUCCCAAAAAAUCGAACACAUUAUUUGUUUAAUCGUCGAAAAACAAAUAUCGAGAAAGACAAAUCGACCUCUCGCCAUUACAAAAAAUUUCAAUACGCUAUCGAUCUGAAUACAGAAUCGACUUCGAGGGAUCGUAGACAUACGAUUAUACGAUAGAUGUGGUAUAUAGUUUUUAAUACUGGGCUAAUUUGGAAAUGCAUGAAGUGUCUGUAAACUCCGGUUCCAAACGUUAGUGCGUGGUGUUUGUGCUGUAAUUGUUGUUAUUCUUCCUUUUAUCAAGCGGCGUGACUGAGAAAUUGAAUGUAGCAUGCCGCAAUUUCAUAAAAUCGAAAUAAAUAGGACCGAAUGGGAGGUUCCGGAACGAUACCAAAUGCUCACACCAGUGGGAUCAGGAGCUUAUGGUCAGGUCUGCUCGGCAGUUGACACAAAAACUGGACAGAAAGUAGCAAUAAAAAAGUUAGCCAGACCAUUCCAAUCAGCUGUGCAUGCAAAACGCACAUAUAGAGAACUUCGUAUGUUGAAGCAUAUGAAUCAUGAAAAUGUAAUUGGUUUACUAGAUGUAUUCCAUCCCUCUUCUUCUUUAGAAGAUUUUCAGCAAGUAUAUUUAGUCACGCAUCUGAUGGGUGCAGAUCUCAAUAAUAUUGUAAGAACUCAGAAACUUUCGGAUGAUCAUGUACAGUUUCUUGUAUAUCAAAUCCUUCGUGGUCUCAAAUAUAUUCACUCUGCGAGUAUAAUACACAGGGAUUUAAAACCUUCUAAUAUAGCUGUAAAUGAAGAUUGUGAGCUGAAAAUUUUAGAUUUUGGAUUAGCCAGACCUACAGAAAAUGAAAUGACUGGUUAUGUUGCUACAAGGUGGUAUAGAGCUCCAGAAAUUAUGCUUAAUUGGAUGCAUUAUAAUCAAACAGUUGAUAUAUGGUCUGUUGGAUGUAUAAUGGCCGAACUAUUAACGGGGAGAACGUUAUUUCCGGGAACAGAUCAUAUACACCAACUGAACUUAAUAAUGGAGAUACUGGGUACUCCACGUGACGAGUUUAUGCAAAAAAUAUCGUCAGAGUCGGCGAGAAACUAUAUACAAAGUUUACCUCCGCUAAAAAAAAAGAACUUCAAAGAAGUAUUUCGCGGGGCCAAUCCUUUAGCUAUAGAUUUACUUGAAUUAAUGUUAGAACUAGAUGCAGAGAAACGAAUUACAGCAGAACAAGCUUUAGCUCACCCAUAUCUUGCACAGUAUGCUGAUCCAACUGAUGAACCAGUAUCUUUACCAUAUGAUCAAAGUUUUGAAGAUAUGGAUUUACCUGUUGAAAAAUGGAAAGAACUUGUUUAUCAUGAAGUUAUAAAUUUUGUACCUCAACAAUUACCUGCAAUGGCUUCGACGAUUGAGUCUUCUUCGUAAGGUUACGUCGAUAGCACAAAUAAUAUAGUAAGAUAAGUAAGAUAAUACAGUAAGAUAAUCAUAACAAUGAAUAAUUAUGAAAAGAUACAUGUAUAAUUGUUAUAUACAAAGGAUAUCACAUUGUAUAUAAUAUGGUGUUACAUAAGUAACAGAGUUAAUCAUACAAACUUAUUUGUAUUAGAGGCAAAAUGUAUAUUUUUGUUAAUGACGCAUGAUACAAGGAAAUGCUAAUAUUUUUCACACUGAGCAUUGGUUGUUUUAGAAUAUAAAGCUAUCAAACAUGUGACAAAUUAUUCAUAUUCAUGGUUUUAUAUGGACAUUUUUGUUACAUAUUCACGUGUUUGAAUACUUUGAAGCUACGAGUGCAAGCGCAAUUUAAUAACCGAAGAUCUAUUAAGGAUUUAAAGCAACUUUUUUUUGUAAAAAGCCGAAUUACUUAAUAUAAAAGACAACUCUUUAUCAAUAAAAAUAAAUUAUUAAAAAAAUGCUAGCUUCAAGGGUUAGAUUUUGUUGUAUACACCGCUGGUUCUAGUCUAUAACAUAGAACAUAUUACAUCGAAUUUAUGGUUAAAAAUAAUUCUUAUUUCACACGCAGAUGUAAUUUAAAAUAAUUUAAUCUCUAAGAUACUGUUAUAAUGAUGCUUUUAACAACAAACAUGGCUGAAUAAAUUUUUUGAUCUUUGUA